GCUCCAUUUCAUAGUUUUCCAUACAGAGGACGUCCAUGAUGUUUUGAGAAUCUGGGAUGGGCCCGUGGAGAAGAGCAUCCUCUUGAAAGAAGUUAGUGGCUCCAUCUUGCCGAAUGAUGUCCACAGCACUUUCAACUUGGUAGUCCUUCAGUUCAACACGGACUUUUUCACCAGUAAACAGGGCUUUGCCAUUCAGUUUUCAGUGUCCACCGCCACCUCCUGCAAUGACCCUGGGAUCCCACAGAACGGAAGCCGGAGUGGAGACAGCAAGGAAGCAGGAGACAACAUCAUUUUCCAAUGUGAUCCAGGAUACACCUUGCAGGGAGAUGCUAAGAUCAGCUGUGUGCAGAUCGAGAACAGGUUCUUUUGGCAGCCUGAUCCACCCAGUUGCAUAGCACCUUGUGGUGGGAUCCUGGCAGGGCCUUCAGGGGUUAUCUUGUCCCCCGGUUACCCGGAGCCUUACCCUCCAGGAAAAGAGUGUGAUUGGAAGCUGACCGUCUCGCCGGAUUAUGUCAUUGCUCUGGUGUUUCACACGUUUAAUUUGGAACCAGGGUAUGAUUUCUUGCACAUCUAUGAUGGUGCCAGUUCAGUUAGUCCCUUGAUUGGGAGUUUCUAUGAUACCCAAGUACCAGAAAGGAUUGAGAGCAGCAGCAACAACCUUUUCCUGGCCUUCCGCAGUGAUGCUUCUGUCAGCAAUACAGGAUUUGUAAUCCAUUACACAGAAAACCCCAGAGAAUCCUGUUUUGAUCCAGGUCUGAUUAAGAAUGGGACUCGAGCUGGAAGUGAGCUGAAACUGGGCUCCACAAUCACAUAUUACUGUGACAGUGGUUAUGUGAUUGAAGGGGUAUCCACUGUGACAUGUGUCAUGGGAGGAGAUGGGAAACCUGUGUGGAAUAAGCCAAGGCCCAUGUGUACAGCACCAUGUGGAGGUCAGUACACAGGAUCGGAUGGCGUUGUCCUGUCCCCCAAUUAUCCUCAGAACUACACCAGUGGACAAGUGUGCCUGUAUUUCAUCAUUGUGCCCAAAGAUUAUGUGGUAUUUGGCCAGUUCGCCUUCUUCCAGACAGCCCUCCAUGACAUCAUUGAAGUACAUGAUGGUCCAAACCAACAUUCUCGCCUCCUCAGCUCUCUCUCUGGUUCUCAUACAGGUGAAUCAUUGCCUCUGGCUACCACCAACCAAAUACUGAUCAAAUUCAGUGCCAAAGGGCAGGCCACAGCCAAAGGUUUCCAUUUUGUCUAUCAAGCGGUUCCACGAACCAGUGCGACCCAGUGCAGCUCCGUGCCAGAGCCCCGUUAUGGGAGACGGAUUGGCAGUGAUUUCUCAGUGGGGGCUGUGAUCCAGUUUGAGUGUAAUGCUGGCUAUGCCCUCAAAGGAUCCCACAGCAUUGAAUGCUUGACGAUGCCUGGAACUCUGGCCCAGUGGAACUCUUCGGUGCCUACUUGUCUUGUGCCUUGUGGUGGAAACUUAACAGAGCGAAAAGGCACCAUUUUGUCCCCUGGAUUCCCUGAGCCCUACUUGAACAGCCUCAACUGUGUGUGGAAAAUAACUGUCCCUGAAGGAGCUGGAAUACAGAUUCAAGUGAUCAGUUUUGUCACAGAACAGAACUGGGAUUCCCUAGAGGUCUUUGAUGGAGGGGACAAUACAGCCACCAUGUUGGGCAGCUUCUCAGGUACCACUGUCCCUGCCUUGCUCAACAGUACCUCUAAUCAGCUGUAUUUGCACUUCUACUCUGACAUCAGUGUCUCUGCUGCUGGAUUUCACCUGGAGUACAAAACUGUUGGUCUCUCCAGUUGCCCAGAACCUGCUGUACCCAGUAAUGGCCUGAAAAUUGGUGAAAGAUACGUGGUGAAUGAUGUGGUCUCCUUUCAGUGUGAGCCAGGAUAUGCUCUCCAGGGGCACUCUCAUAUUUCCUGCAUGCCAGGAACUGUGCGACGCUGGAACUAUCCUCCUCCACUUUGUAUAG